CACGCUUUCUCUCGCCCUCGCCUUCGGCUUCAAACCCUCGCUCUCUCAAUCGUCGCCGAGUAACGAAGAGCAGCUGGAUUCAAAUUCCGAUCACGCGAUCGAUUUCAUCUUCCUUUUGGUUUCUCUGCCGAUCGUCGGUCCGUUGUUCCCCCAUAUCGAUGCCGGCCUCCUCGUACGCUGCGGCGCCGACACAUGCGGCCGCCCUCCUUGCUCCUGGUUUCAGGUUCCACCCCACCGACGAGGAGCUCGUUAGUUACUACCUCAGGCGCAGGGUCUGCGGUCGGGCCCUCCACGUGGACGCCAUCGCCGAAGUGGAGCUUUACAAAUGCGAGCCGUGGGAGCUCCCUGGCCUCUCCCGCCUCCGUAGCCGUGACCUCGAGUGGUACUUCUUCAGCCCGCUCGACCGCAAGUACUCUAGCCGUUCCAGAACCAACCGGGCCACCGCUCAAGGGUACUGGAAGACCACCGGGAAGGACCGCGACGUCUCCUGCGGCGCGCGCGUCGUUGGCAUGAAGAAGACCCUUGUUUACCACUCCGGCCGCGCCCCUCGCGGCACCAGGACAAACUGGGUCAUGCACGAGUACCGCCUCGAGGAUUCCCAGCUCGCAAAGUCCGGGAUUCCGCAGGAUGCGUACGUUGUGUGUCGGGUCUUCCAAAAGAACGGUGCUGGUCCACAGAAUGGGGCUCAAUAUGGGGCUCCGUUCGUUGAGGAGGAAUGGGAAGAACAAGAGAUUGCUAAUGGAGUGGUCCUGAUGCCCGAUGCUGAGGAUGAUGAUGAUGCUGUUGACGCUCAUGAUCAGGAAUACUUGGAAUUCAAUGAUCUUCUUCAGGAUCAAAUAGAACAGGAAAUGUUUGUCCAACAAGACGGUGCUGUUCUGGAUACUAAUAGGCAAGGAAGUGACAAUGAUCCAGAAGAUCCUACGAUUGUACUGGAUGAGAUUCUUAAAGAUCCAAGUUUCAUGGAUGAUGUGUUUGCGUACAUCAAUCAAUCCAAAAUGCAGAGUGGUCCGACACUCAUGGAUGAUUCAGGAGAGCAAAUUCUCUUGAAAAAUUUAUCUCAUAAUGAUCCAAGCCAAACUAAUGAAUAUGUUGAGCUUAAUGACUCAGAGAAUGCUAUAAAUAAGAACUGGAAUUCCAACGAACGCUAUGCAAAUUUUGUCACCGGAGAAGGUGAGAGUAGCCAGUUAUAUAAAAGGAUUGAAGCCGAGUUACUUGAUUCAGCUUACCACUGCUCUGAUCAGCAUAUAUUGUUACAAGAUGUGCAAGUAGAGGAUGACCUUAGUAUGCAAACAACUAAUCUUCCAAUCUUAGCCGAUGGACAUGGUGUUGAUCCACAAGACCAAGACUUGAUUUUCUAUGAUGCUUCCUAUCCAUCCAAAGCUGAAUUAAGUUUUGAGUUAAGCGAUGUAAUAGAUAAAUACUUUGAUGCGAUGGAGAAUGAUCUACCAUAUGAUAAUAUCAGCAUUUCAGAAAAUUCUGAACAAACAAAUCCCUCUGGUUUACACCAUUCUAAUAUUAAGGUUGAAGGUUGCAAAAGUCUCGCAGAUAAAGCAAUUACUGAAUUGCCACACACAAAUAUUGGAGCUGGUGCCGUAUCAGCUUUACCUGAUUCUGACUAUGGUUUCAAGAACAAGUAUGAAGCUAUUCCUGUGUUACCAGUGAACAAGGAUAGUAACACAACGAUCAGAAGUCGUCUAACCAACAUACUGGGAUCGAUAAGCGGCCCCCCAGCAUUAGCUGCAGAGGCUCGCACUAGUUUUGGAAAAUAUGCACGACAAAUUUCAGGCACCUACCAAGUUAACGAGCUCCGCGUCUCACCAGCCAUGGUCCAUCUACAGAACACCUUGCAGGAGAAUGGAAAUGCUGGCCUGCUCCUUUCUUACAGCCUUCCGGAUAAUAAUGCUGGUCGGAAAACUUCAGGUCUCAGGCCGUUCAGAAAAAUACAUGAGUUGGCUGUGUCAUUGCUGCUUCGAGGUGGCUGCUAUCCUCUGUUCUUGUCCGCAUUGGUUCUCACUGUGAGCUAUGGGGUGGGGAUGUUCAUUUAUGACAAGAAAUAGGUCUAUAUAUGUGAUAAAAUAAAUCACGUUUUUGGAUACGGCCGUUAACUUAAUUGGCAUAUGAACCGGAUCUUAGGCUGUUGACAUUUGCAUACAUUUGUAUAGUAAUGCUGCUGCUUUGGCUUUGCAAUCAGCAAUUUUGGGCUAUGAAUCAUCCCUCUUUUGUGCA